UUCGUGUCCCGUCAGUUGGAGGAGAGCUAUUGACAAGUGGGGAGGAUGACCAUUGACCAGUCACCCUUGUUACUGCUCAACUUUGGUGGCUUCUGAGUGGUUCACUGGCCCGCACACGGUGGAAAUGGCAACUCCUGGGACCCAAGACCAAUAACGAGCCGCCCAUCACCACAUCCUCGCCUGAUUAUUGACAUUGACACAGAGGAAUGGCGGAGCAGCAGCAGUCGUCAGGCCAAAACAACAGGCCAGGCGCCUUAAACAUGUCUGCUGUGGCUCCAGGGCGUCGAAGCAACCUCCGUCUGGCUUUCCCAGGCCAGGGAAGACCCAACAACGACCGUCCACAGAACGAACUGGAAUUCCCUGCAUCUGGCUACCCGGCGACACCAAUGCUGCCGCCGCCACCACCGCCAUCUCCACUUGUGCCCAGAGUUAUGGUCAACAGCACCGCCAACAGGCAGGUGGUAACAAGUAGCAUCUCAUCCAGUAGCAGUCCAACCACUUCCAGGGCAUCCAGUAGCAGUCCCACCACUUACAGGGCAUCCAGUAGCAGUCCCACCAUAUCCAGGGCAUCCACUAGUAGAGUGGACAACAUUGCCACAACCACCUCUAGGGCUGUUCCUGCUGCCUCCAUCACAGCCAGUACCAAUUCAGGCCCUCCAGUCUUGGUUAAUCCCCCCACAGCAAGUCCGCCAAAUCUCCGGGAGAACAAAAAGAAGCUCUUGGUGUUGCAUCUGCCUCCACCACACAAUCACCAUCACCACCACCACAACAACCACCAUGCCCACCAUAGUCAGCACCAUCGCCACAUGAUCCACCAUGAUGCCCUUAGAGACCGCAGCCACAAGAGUGCUAAGACCAUCGCAACAGUACCUCCACCCCCAAGGGACAGGAUAACUCGGGGAAUUUACCAAAGUAUCCAGUCAUCUGGCAAACUCAAGAUCUCUCCUGAAUUGCAAGUUGAAUUCACUGCUGAUGAUCUUCGAGACUUGGGGGAGAUUGGCCGAGGAGGAUUUGGAACAGUAAACAAGAUGGUCCAUCGCAAGAGUAAUACCAUCAUGGCUGUCAAGCGUAUUCGUUCCACCGUGGAUGAGAGGGAACAGAAACAACUGUUGAUGGAUCUUGAAGUGGUCAUGAGGAGCAAUGACUGUCCGUGUAUUGUACAAUUUUAUGGUGCCAUAUUCAAAGAGGGGGACUGCUGGAUAUGCAUGGAACUGAUGGACACAUCUCUGGAUAAAUUUUACAAAUUUAUUUAUGAACGAAUGCAUGAAAGACUACCUGAAAACAUGCUGGGAAAGAUUACUGUUGCGACUCUGACAGCCCUGAACUACUUGAAGGAGAAGUUAAAAAUUAUCCAUCGAGAUGUAAAGCCUUCAAAUAUAUUACUGGAUAAACGUGGCAACCUAAAACUUUGUGAUUUUGGCAUCUCAGGUCAACUUGUUGACUCCAUUGCUAAGACAAGGGACGCUGGAUGCAGACCAUACAUGGCGCCAGAGCGCAUAGAUCCUGCCAGAGCUCGCGGUUAUGAUGUGCGUUCUGACGUAUGGUCACUGGGCAUCACUCUCAUGGAACUAGCCACAGGAAGCUUCCCAUACCCCAAGUGGAACUCCGUAUUUGAGCAGCUGACACAAGUGGUGCAGGGAGAACCACCUCGUCUCUCACCAAAUGAAAAUGGAAACACCUUUUCGGAGGAAUUUGUGUCUUUUGUUAACACGUGCCUCAUCAAGGACGAAAGUUCUCGCCCCAAGUACAAGCAACUUCUCGAGCACGAGUUUGUUAUACGCUCCAAAGAUGACCCGAUGGAUGUAGCAGAGUUUGUAUGUGGCAUACUGGACAGGAUGGCCAAUAAUGGACGAGUCAUGUACACAUACGACUCCUACAACUGCUGAUGAAGCUCUUGGGAUAGCACUUGGCUCAGCAAUUUUAACUAUUGGCCUAGGAGUGAUGCAGACUUGUGUGGGCUGGAGUUGAAACAGUGCAGCAUUUACUUUGUAUAAGAUGGGUUACACCAGCAAGCACGUCUGCUAUUGGAUUAGGAAUGCCAGUUUGCUCCGGUAUUGCAUGGACAGGCACUGAAUGGCAGCAAGUUGGGGCAUGUUAAUUUACAAUACUGUGAUGUUUUAUCCAGCAGACUGAAAUUUUUUUAUGGAAAAGUAAGAUGAAUGUGUUGGAAAAGAAUUUUGUUGUAGAAUUGUGAGGAGGAUAGAAAGUUUAGAGGAAAGCCAUAGUUGGUUAAGAAACUUUUCUGUGGUAUUGUGGGCACAUGGUUGAGCAUUUAAAGUGCAAGUUACUUAAGGGUACAGAGUGAAGGAUAAAGUACUCAGUAUCGUUGUGUAUGAGGUGCACAUGUGGUGUUACUGCAGGUGGUGUCUUGCACUGUGAUGGAUUGUUGAGUGGACUAGUUUUAGAUGCUCUUCAUAAUGGCAUUUUGAAUGUAUAGCUCCUUAGAUGAAAAAUAUGAUGAGUGACUUUAGAUUGACCAUUGUUUAUGGUACUGUAUUCUUUGCUGAUGAACUUGACUGUGUUCCCUGAUGAAAGAAAAAGACAAAAAAAGUGACAUAGCCUCGUGAAGAUAAAUAUAUCAUAACACUCAUUUACAUUAUAAAUAUUUAGGAAGAUGACUAUUUUUAGUGCCAUUGUUAUAUACGUAGUGUGAUUAUGAUUUAAGAAGAUUAUUUAUUUAUUGUAUAGGGUGUUGAAUUGCAGUUCCCUAGGAUGAUUUUUAGAACAUUUUGUGUGCGAGUGUGUGCAUGUUUGUGUAUGUGCAGUUUUUGUGUGUGUGUGUGUGUGUGUGUGUCUGUGUCUGUCUGUCUGUCUGUGUUUUUGUGUGUGUGCUUGUAUGUGUGGGAAUGAAUGAAAAGAAUUUCUAUAAAAGAAACUUUGAUUGCUUUGCUGUGGUUCUUGGGUUACUCUUUCAAAAAAUAUGAACACAUGAGAAAGCAGGAUAAUGGAUUUAAAAAAAAUAAUUAAGGGUCACACUUUAAUAUUUUUUACAUUGCUUAAUGUACAGUAUAUGAAAGAGGAUGACUAUCAGUUCACUAUUUAAGGAAUUAAAGAAGGGAAAUUUGAUCCUUAAUCUAACAUCAUCAUAGACAUUUAAUUGAUGGGAAUAUUUGAAGGCAUCAUCCAUUUGCAAAUUGUUUUCUUUAUCGGGUUUGGGGGCAUGGUGUGUAAUUUACUGUGAUUAGGUUAUAUUAUAUAAGUAAAGUAACUUCUUGUGUGAUUACUAGAAGAAUGACCUCAUGACAUUGCCAGUGGAGGGUUCAUCCAUUGUUGUAGCCACACACACACAGGUGAGAACCACCACCACCGAGCUCAGCGAUCAAAGUAGUACACUGCUCCCAGUUUGUCUCGACUCUUGAGGGGCUCUUGCUAUAGUAUUAUUUUCAGACAAUAUUGUUGCAAACACUUGUGUCCCGUAAUAAAAAAAAAAUAUUUUACAUUUUCUCUCUCUCUCCUCCUCAUAAGCCUAAUUAAUUAAGACAAGGAAAAUUUGCCAAACUGUGUAUAAAGAUGAGUGGAACUUGGUGGUGUUAGGAUAAUUUAAGGUUUACCCACAUUUAGAAUGGUGCUUGGACGUGAGCCUUGAGGUGAUGACCCAUAAUAUUGUUGUAGCAUCAUAUGCCAAUUUUUUUAUGAUUAAAAAAAUGUAUUCAACUCUUUUCUUCAAUUGUUAUCGAGGAAUCCAAGGUCCCCCCUGAGUCGAUUUAUCUUGGUAGUAACAUGAACAUAGUCCUGCUUGGACUGAGGGAGAAAACUGACACUUCUGUGGAUUGUCACACACUUUCCUGUCACUGCCAAACAGAAAAGCUGUUUACGUCAGAACUGCCAAGUUGUGAUCACUUAUGGCUGGGAACACCUCAUCACCUGUGGAUUAUCAUCAUCUCAUGGUGAAUUUAGACUUUCUCAAAUGAAUUAUCUAUUCAUGACCUCUUAAUUUUAAUGAUAUAAUUGAGUAUUCCUCCUAAUUUUCUCCUGUAAACUCUCUUGAUGGCAAAUAUACUUUAGUGUACACAUACAGUAUACUUUAUCUAGUUACAGAAUGUGUUGCAUAAUCUAUUGUAUCAUAUUAUCUUUUAUUAUUAUUACUGGCAGCAACUGGAGAAAGACCUUGCAUGUUAUGUUUAACAUUUGGCAAGUUUUUGACACAACUUUUUCUGUGUCACUGAACAGAGGAAGCUGAUAGUGAAUGCUAGUGCUGUGUGUCUGGUGACACUCCUAUGUGUAACCUGUGGAUGGAUACAAUAAGAAUGAUCUUGUGUAGGGCUUACAGUACUGUAGUUAGUUACCUAAUUGUGAUGAUGGAGAAUUAUUUGAUCCUUGCUUUUUGCAUACUAGAAAGUUCAUAUGGUAACAGUGCAUAAGUAGUUUGACUCAAGUCCAUCCUGGCACUCUGCUUUCACAAAGUAGGAAAAAUAGCAAACUAGGCACUUAGUUUUUUGUAGUAAAUUUGAUGAUGAUAUGUUAUAGGCACUGUACCUUAUGUUUAAUAGUGUAUGUUAACGGUCACGGUACAUUGUGUACACUGGCGUACGUUGACAACAAUGUUUAAUACUUGGUUUAGAAUACACAGUUGAUGUGGGUAGGCCUUUAACAUUAGUGGCAAAAGUCGAUUCACAGUAUGUUGCAUAUUUUAUUGAGGCCAAAGUUUAUUGUGACAUAAAAGUGUCUCACUUUGUGCGUAAUACAGUAUACGUAACAUAAAAUUUUUCCAGUUACAUAACUAUGAACUAGGUAGCCCGGCUAGAGAGUACUGCUUGUAGUGUCCACCUUAACUUGCAGGUUUAAUCUCACCUAAAGUAGAUAUUUUAAGCGUAAUGUUUGGUAAAGAAACCAGUGUGCACUUCUAUUUUGAUUCUUCAGGCUUUGCAUGAUAAAAGAGUAGAGAAAAUUAAAAUAGUCAGCUUACAUUUAUGAAAAUUACUUAUUAGUAUUUUUUUGCACACCUAAGUUUGGCUGUGAAGGAAUUUGAUAUUAAAAUUCUGUGAAGGGAUUUCGUAUAUGAAAUUAUGUUUAGUGUAAGCAGAACAUGGAAAGAGGCUUUUUGCUGCCUUGUCAUUGGAUAGUUUAUGAAAAGUGUGAUACUUUCCAAUUUUGCAGUGGAACAAUGUUAACUCUUAAUUUUUUUGUAAAUACACUAAUUGGUUUGUGAGAUGAAUAAAGAAAAAAGUAGAGCUUGGAGAAAAUUGAGAUAUAGGUAAGGUAUUGAUACUUCUCCAUUGUUUUGAACUUUAUUGACAAGACACUUCAUUAUCAAAUGUAGCAUAUUUUGGUAUAUAUACUUAUUCCAUAAUUUAUCUAUAUUUUAACUAUGCAAUGAGCAUAAACAUAAGGCCAAUGACUUUCUGGAUUCAGAAUACAGGUACAUAUAUUGUUUGACAAUCACUACCAGACCCACAAAUGCCCCUUGGAAAUGUUUAAAUGUCAUAUUGAGAGGUAAUGGGUUUUUUUCUGAUAUUGUACUUUACUAUAUUUACAUUGUUUGGGACUAUAAUCUUAUUUGCAUUAAAAAAUCACUUUGAUUUGGGGUUUAGGGGUUUGACAAUGGUUUUAGACAGAACCUGUUAUAGACACUGAAAAUCAGUGGCCUUCCAUAAACAUGAGAAUUGUAAGACCUGAGUAAUGAGUUUUGUGGUUGAGGGGAUGAGUGAUGGUUGAGGACCAGUCCCAGUUGUUAGUAAUGUGAGGAAGUCAACUCCAAGUUACAAGAGAUAAUUUAUUCUCAUAUUAAGGGGUCAUAUCAGAGGUUCACACUUGGCAUGGUCAUGUUCUAGGGAUCUCUCGUGUGUGUAUGUGUAAGAAAAACUUAAGUGUGUACCAUGGAUAAAAAAAUCAGGUAACUCAGGGGAAAUUUGCUUCUCCAAAACACCUAAAAUUUUGUAAGUGUUUAAGUUGGCACUACAGUACGUACACUGAUUUUUAGGCCCAUAGAAACACUAUGAAAGUCUUUCUUUCACGCCAACAACCACAGGCUAAUAAAAUAGUACCAUGCUAAUUUUGAACCUGAUAAGAUCCCUUAAACUUGUUUGCCCUCAAAAGAGUAGCCAUAUUUUAGCCACUGUCCGUCCUACCUGCCUUCUUGUUAAUAUCAUCAUCACUCUACUGACUUCUCCUCAGAUAGAUUUUUCAGAGUAUUUCAACAGCCUUUUAAUUAAAUAGUUCUUAUUCUCUUGUCUUUUAAUUCACGUUGUUUGAUUUUUAUGAAGAUAAAAAGAACUGAAGUACAAUAACUCAUAUUUGGAUUUGGCUGUUCACCCCUUGGAGGUUGAUCACAUUGACUCAUUUUUUCGACUCAUAUUAUGCUAUUUCUCUUGUUUUUAGUGUUUUAACUAGAGUAUAUCUUGUACUUCAACAUGUAUAGUGUUCCUGUCUGUACUGGUUGUAAUAAUUUAUCUCGUCACCGACACAGAUGUGUUGGGGCGGCCCCUUUUUAUAAAGUUGGUGGUUGAUGGUAUCCUGAGUAACCCAGCACUGCUCUGACCACUAGUUGUGAUGGCAUGACUACACUCAGGUACAUCCAUCAAAUAUUAGGGUUGUGAUUUUUCUAAAGUAUAUGUUGAAUUUCCUACGUUUAUGUCAGGAUCUGGGGUAUCGAUGAGGUCCGUGCAACACUGAUUAUUGUUUUCAUGAUUCAUCCAGUAGUUAUUAUUACCAAAAUAAAUCAAUACUUAUGGUUAAUUUUA